AUGUGGAAAGAAUCGUUGCGCUAUCAAACUCCCAAUCUGGACACGAUGAGUGGCAUCCGCCGGCUAACUUUGAAUGACAACCCUCAUAUAGGCAACAACGGUUCCAAGCUGCUGUGUGAGGUGCUGCGAGAUGAUAGGUGGGUCAAAGCCAUUGACCUGCAAAAUUGUGGGCUUGGUGACUCCGCGGGCCAGGCCUGGUUAAAUCUCCUCAAGGCACCUGCCAAGGGCUUAAAGGGCACUGGCGAAAUGGCGGGCAAUCGAACUCUGGGCAUUGUCGACUUGCGAAGGAAUAAAAAAAUGGACAGAAAUAUUCUCCGAGCUGUGACAGAACGCGUCCUCACCAAUUCGCAUGGCAAGCAUCUGGAGUUCAAGUGGUUGCGAGCACUAGCCAGACCAGCGAAUCGAGGCAGAGUAUCCGACUGGCCAGGGAUGGAAGGCGUGUUGCGAUUGGACCUGGAUUCUCCUCAACCACCAAAACGUACCUCCUCUACCAAUCCGACCUAUCAACCCAAACCCAUUCCUGUGGCACGACCUCUACAAAGACCAAACUUUAGGCCUCCAGGAGGACCACUGACCUCUCGGCCACUAUUUCAAACGCGUGCUCAAAGUCUACCGCGUCUAGCCAGUGGGACACAACCACCACAGCCAGCGCCACGCCUAAUCACGCGUCAAUCUCGCCUAUCACGUUCGGCCAGCGCCUCAGCUCAAAACACUCCCUGGAAGGUUGGCCUUACACGCAUCACAAGUGUUUACCUCGGCGGUGAUGAUGAAUCCAACUAUAAUAACAAUUUGCAAGACGAGAACGUUAUUGUGCGGGGCAUACCGUGGCGCACAGCAGCCAGAGCUAGACGCAACACUGACACCACUGUUAAUUUCUCCCAGUGUCAAAUCAAAGGCGUUGGUCAAGGUUCCACGCGGUCUUAUGAGGACAUUGAACAGGAUGGACUUGGUGAAUUCAAGACAAUUCAUAAACGGAACAUCCUUGCCACCCUCAUCGUCACUGUUAAUCCGAAGAAAUUCAUUACCCUCCAAUUCGAGUAUUGUUUGACACCCUCUGCUAACACUUCCGCCAAGGGGACCUCCAGUCGAGGCAAGGGGGAUCCUCCCGAAAUCCGACUGCGCCAACAGCUGAGGAAACACAUGCAUAAACGUCUUGAAAACACGGAGGAGCCGAAGACCGAGAGCCUUCGCGACCUCUACUCGCGCCUGAAUGCAACUUUAUCAGAGGUGGAGAAGGUUGUCAAGACAUUGGCAAAUUCAAGAAAGUCCAAACUAGCUACCAAGUCGGAGGAAGAACAACUUUUUUUCAUUCAAACGGCCUUGCGGAGCAUAAUGACACCACUUCGUUGCCAAAUGACCGCAGAUAAGGUCAAUCAAACCGCUUCCAAGGCCAAUCAAAGACGCAUCUCCUCCUCCUACACACACAACCAAAAAAAAAUUGGCAAGCCUACACGUGAUCUGACUUCGGGCACAUCUACUAGGUCCACCAAGUAUUCCACAAAGAAGGUCAAUGGGAAUCAGAGAGAGAAACGGGGAUACAAGCAUCCUAGGCCCAAACCACGGGUAGCCAAUUCGGCUAGACAGAAAGAGGAUAACCCUUCGAGCACGACGUCGUUAAGCGACGUCUUCAUCGCAAGGCCUGCAAGAGCUAUCAAUCUUCUACUGGGCGACAGUCCACGUUCGGAUGUUCACGCAAAGGAAGAACGAACGUGCGUGGAGUUGUUUGACGACUUUCCCAGCUCCAAAGUGCAGGAGACGAGUGAGGUGAAGAGCAAAGCCCCGCACUCAGGACUGAAUAUGCGGUGUGGAGAUGUUGUGGAAGGCGAAACGCUGUACUCGGACUACUAG